AUGACGUAUCACAACGCCACAGACACGAUAGUAUCACCUGCACUCGCCGCGCCAAAUCGAAAGCGCGGGCGUUUCGCAAAUGGAACACCUGAGGCGGCCGGACAAUCUAAACUUGCGUCGCGAACUGUCACGCCGCCAUUCCGGGCUAAUUCAGAACUGUCCGGAACGGCGGCGUCGGAUUUGAGCGGCGUUUGCGGACUUGGCGCGGUUCAUGAGGAAUUCGUGAGGACCGCAGCGUCGCGCGGCAAGGACGGUCGU